GCAUCAAGAGAACAAGCUAGUGAAACACUGCACGCGCAAAAGAGAAGUUCUCAGGCUGAUGACGGAUCCAGGAUGCUGCGCUUCUGUCCGGUCCUGCUGGUCCUGAUGCUGGCGUCGUGCGGCGCUAACGUGGUCAUCCAGAGAGACGCUCGGUUCGAUGUGACGUAUGACGACACGGUCACCAGCGACAACCAGACCAUCUACUCCUACAACCACACCGUCUCCAGAAACAAGACGGAGGGUGUGCGUGUGUCCGUGGAGCUGCUGUCAGAGAGUGCUCCGAGUCCGGUUCUGUUCGUGGUCCGGCAGAAACAGGCCGUUCUGUCCUUCCAGGUUCCCCUCAUCCUCAGAGGCCUGUAUCAGAGGAAGUACCAGUACACACAGCUGGGCCGUACGCUGUGUCAGCCGCCCACUAAAGCCGUGGCAGAGACGCAGUUCUUCUUCGUGGACGUGUCGACGCUGUCCAGCGCUGGGGUCCACUAUCAGCUGCGCGUCAGCCGCGUGGACAGCUUCACGCUGCAGACAGACAAGAAAUUCAGCUUCAAUGCGACGCCGUCCCAACCACAGUUCUUUAGGUAUGUGUUUCCGGAAGGUGUGGACACAGUGAUUGUGAAGGUGAACUCACAGAAGAACUUCCCCUGCUCAGUCAUGUCAAUACAGGACAUCCAGUGUCCGGUUUAUGAUCUGGAUAAUAAUGUGGCGUUUAUUGGAAUGUAUCAGACCAUGACCACCACAGCCGCCAUCACAGUGCAGAGGAAGGAUUUCCCCAGUAACAGUUUCUAUGUGGUGGUGGUGGUGAAGACUGAAGACGAGGCGUGCGGAGGACCGCUGCGUUUCUACCCGCUCUUACCUGAUGAGCUGCUAGAUGCUGGGAAUCGCAGUAAAACUCUGGAUGUGAUUGUUUCUCCUGCCAUUAACUCGGAGGUGUAUGUGAUGGGGAUGCUCUUCUGCCUGGGGAUCUUCCUGUCCUUCUAUCUGCUCACGUUUCUCAUGGCGUGUGUGGAGAAUAAGAGGAUGAACAGGAAGAGGGAGGGGCUUCUGAACGCCGACACCUCACCUGCUGAGACAGCGUCUCUCUUGGGAAGAGUCUCUCCGUAUGAAUACGGUUCAUUUGCUGAUAACGGCAGCACAUUGAGCUCUGAAGCUGUUACUGACAGUUUAGCAUCGGCCGAUGGGAACUACGGAUACAUGGAGCGUUCCUUAGAGAGUGUCGGCCGCAGUCGACACGAGUCUCUGAGUUCAGUAGAAGAGGACGAUUACGACACGCUGGCCGACAUCGACUCGGACAAAAACAUCGUCCGUACGAAGAAGUUCCUGUGCGUCUCUGAUCUCGCUCGUAAAGACAAACGCAUCCUCAGCAAGAAAUACCAGAUCUACUUCUGGAACAUCGCUACGAUCGCAGUGUUUUACGCUCUUCCUGUCAUUCAGCUGGUUAUCACCUAUCAGACGGUUGUAAACGUCACAGGAAACCAAGACAUCUGCUAUUAUAACUUCCUGUGUGCACACCCUCUUGGAGCACUAAGCUCCUUCAAUAACAUCCUGAGUAACCUGAGUUAUGUGCUGCUGGGGCUGCUGUUCCUGCUCAUCAUCCUACAGAGGGACAUCCUUCACAACCGCGCGCUCGAGCGCAACGAGAACACAGCGCUGGAGUGUGGCAUUCCCAAGCACUUCGGCCUGUAUUACGCCAUGGGCACUGCUCUGAUGAUGGAGGGGCUACUCAGCGCCUGCUACCACGUCUGUCCGAACUACACCAACUUCCAGUUCGACACGUCGUUCAUGUAUAUGAUUGCUGGACUGUGUAUGUUGAAGCUGUAUCAGAAGAGACACCCGGAUAUCAAUGCCAGUGCGUACUCCGCUUACGCUUGUCUGGCUGCUGUCAUAUUCUUCUCUGUGCUGGGAGUGGUGUUUGGUAAGGGUAACACAGCGUUCUGGAUCGUUUUCUCUGUCAUACACAUACUGGCUACACUGCUGCUGAGCACACAGCUCUACUACAUGGGCCGCUGGAGACUCGACUCGGGGAUCUUCCGCAGGAUGUUGAAUGUGAUCUACACAGACUGUAUUCGACAGUGCAGUGGACCCAUGUACAUCGCA